AUAAUUAAAAGGGGGCGGAGCUUGUUUGCCGAGCUGGGAGAGCGGGGAAUACGACGGAACACUCACACUGAGCGAGUUGCGGGACAAUGGACGACUCGGUGGAGUAUCUGGCACCGCGAGUGGCGGUAGGAGUGUGUCUGCUCGGCCUUAUCUGUAUCUACGUCAUCUACUACCGCCUUUUCAACGUGACUCGACCGCGAGUGGUCUGCAAAGACGCGGACCGGCUACAGGGGCUCCGGCGCCACUGCCCGGCCCUGUUCGAGCACUACUGGCCGACGUUCUGGGCGCCUCAGGGACACGUCCAGAGCAUCGUUCGACUUCUGAUGCAGCAGGCGCCGAGCGUGGAGAGUCUCGGAGGCCGGCGAGAGACGAUAAAAAUGAGUGACGGGGGGCAUGUGUGUCUGGAUUGGUUCGAGAGCUGUGAGGAGGAUGGAGGAGGCAACCAGGGAGGUCCAAUAGUGCUCAUCUUGUGUGGAAUGACAGGUAGCAGUAAAGAGACGUACACUCGACAUUGGGUCGAUGACUGCCGGAGACUGGGUUACAGGUGUGUGGUGUUCAACUACCGGGGGUGUGGCAACUCAAAGUUAUCGACUCCGAAGCUGUUUUCUCUGGGAGAUGUGGACGACCUCACAGAGGUCGCGGACUAUCUCCACUUCCACAAUCCUUCCUCUACCAUCGUAGCCGUUGGUGUCUCCAUGGGAAGUGUACAACUGAUACGGUAUGUGGCAGAGUGCAGGAGAAAGGCCAGACCUUGUCGUAUCUCUGCCGGCCUCGUCUUCUCUGUAAUUUGGAGCCUUCGAGAAUCGGACAAGGCACUUCAUACUAAUCUAUUCAACAAACAUGUGAUCAGCAGAUUCCUCACCAGAAGAUACAGAAACCUUAUUAAGGAAAACAGACAAGUUUUUGAGGAUUUUCAGGCGAGAAACGAGCUGUGUUGUGAUUACGAGAAGGCAUUGCGGUCAACUUACCUGAGAGAGAUGAAUGAGGCGUAUGUGAUUCCAAUGUUCAGCUAUCACCACGAGCCGAUGCAGCAGUCACACUCUCCUUGUGAGAAUGUAGGAGAGCUGACAAUUCCUGUCAUCGCUGUCAACGCCGUCGACGACCCUUUCUGCCCUGCUGAUGCUAUCCCAGAAGAUGUGGCAGAGGCAAACCCCAACCUCAUCCUGGUGACCACCAGGAGAGGGGGUCACAUUGGGUUCAUGCAGGGUCUGUUCCCGUUCCGCAAGACGUACAUGGACAGAGUCCUGAGCCAGUUCCUGACUGGGGUACUGGAACACGACUGCCUCUCCUCCUCCUCCUCAUCGUCAUCGUCAUCGUUGUCAUUAGGGGAAGAAAGCCAUGCCUUCCUCCUCGGAGAUUGUGAACUAGAGAACCAUGCCCUCCUGACAUAACUGAUGAUUUCUACCACACGUUUUUAAUUUGCUGCCAUUUUGAUUACAUGGUGAUUUUUAGCUAUUAUUAAAUGAAAAA